AUGGCAGCACGCGCAACAAGAAAUAACCGGAAGCUUCUGGCGUCACCCCUGGUGUCGUGGGGAUCCCCGGUUCAGGGGGAUCCGGAGGAGGUGCCCGACAUGGAUCUGUCGGUGGAGGAGACGGUGGCCGAGGGGCCAACCCCGUACGAGUCCCUCUCGUCGGAGAGACGAAGGAGGCCGGAUCGCGAGGGCCAGGAUGGCGUACCGCAGCGUGCGGCGGGCGACACAGGGCCAGGGGCGAAUCCGCCUGGGAGACGCGAUGCCGUCGCGGGACCUGGAGGAGUUGCGCGAGUUCGCGGACGCGCGGAACGCCACGCUGCGACGGUUCGAGCGGAUGGUGGUGGAGCGGAAGGCAGCCGCCGCCAAGGCCGCGUGGCAGGAACGCCUAGCAGGGUGGCUGGAGGAGGAGGAGGCGCUGUGGGCACCACACCCACCGCCGCCGUUGCCGCAGCCGCCAUUGCUGCAGCCACCGACACCACCGCCGUCGUCGCAGCCGAACCCACCACCGACGCCGCAGCAACAGGAGCAGCCGCAGCCGACGCCGCAGUCGCCGGUGCCACAACAACAACAGUUGCCGCAGCCACAGACGCCGGUGCCGUAGCCACAGCCGCCGUUGCCGUCGCCGCCGCCGGCGCAGCCGCAGCCACCACCACCACAACGCACGCCGACACCGCCGCCAGCACCGCCGACGCCGCCGCCAUCGCGCACACCGACAACAGUCCUGGGACGUGGACAGGCGCACGUCGCGCAGACGCUGCGCUCGACCGGCAUGGGCGGCCGCCGGUGGCACCAGCAGACGGUGACGUGGAGGUGGUCCGCCCCAGCGGAGGACACGCCGGAGGCCCGCGGGAAGAGGUGGUCGCGGUCGGUUGGAGGCCAGUCGAGCAGCGAGCGCGCGACCUGCGAGUACGCGUCCGGACGGAGGACGAAAGCCCGGCGGAGAACUCAGAGAAGGGUCCGUGGGUGUGGCCCGCACCGCCACCACCAAAACUUGCGUGGCAAGAAUCGUGCCCCGAGGCUCGACAGCCUCCGCAGGAAGAAGUCGCUGAAUGA